GUCGGCGCCGAUCAGACGGAAGGGGAGCAGCUCGCGGCACGUGCACGCGCAGCGGUGGCCCCCCGACUGACGCGCACCCACUACUCACCGUCAGCAUGGAGCGGAUCAAGAGCUGGGUGGUUGGCUUGGCGCGACAGGGGCGCCGUCAGAGGCAUUGCCCCGCCGAAACCACGCCGUGCACAAACGACCCGAGCCAAGCCAAGGCCCAACAGGAGUUGACAGAAAUUGCGCCACAAUCGAAGCCGGAUGGGGGCUACGGCUGGGUCAUCGUGUUCGCUUCGUUCUUGGCCCACGUGGUCAUAUAUGGCGUCUCGUGGUCAGUCGGUAUCUUCAACGUCAUCUUCUUGGCGGAGUUCCAGCAAUCAAAAACUGCCACCGCAUGGGUCGGCUCGUUAUUGAAUGCGAUGAUGUUUUCAUCAGGUGUGAUCUCGUCACCGCUGGUGCAGCGCUACGGCUGCCGGCCGGUGCUCCUCUCCGGCGGCGUUAUGGCCUCAGCUGGCAUCGCGCUCUCGGUGCUGGCUCAUCAGCAGCUGUACGUCCUCUACCUGACGUUUUCCCUGCUUGGUGGGAUCGGCCUCGGCCUGGCCUACAUCCCGACAGUGGUCAUCGUCAGCGAGUACUUCGAGCAGCGGCGGACCAUCGCGCUCGGCCUGGCUGUCUCUGGCGUCGGCCUCGGCGGCUUCGUCUUCCCGCCCGUCAUCAGGGCCCUGAUGGAGGUGUACACGUGGAGGAUGGUGUUGCUCAUCAUCGCGAGCAUCGUGCUGGGAACUCUGACUGUCUGUGGAGCCCUGAUGAAGCCCAUCGAGAAAAGGAAUGCCAGUGCCUUCCAGAAGGGUUACCUCAUCGAGCUUAAGGAGAACCUGGGAAUCAUGAAGUCAGUUCCAUUCUUGACGUUGUGCUCCAACAACUUCCUCUACUGCUUUGGCUUGGUGAUCGUGUACGUCCAUCUCGGUGCGCUGGCCAUCUCGUCAGGCCUCUUCAGCGAGACCAACUCGGGCCUGAUCUUCUCCAUCGUCGGCGUCUCCAACCUGGUGGGCCGGGUCCUGCACGGCGUGGUCUGUCAUUUCCCACGCAUGACCACCAUUCUCGUCUACAUGGUGUCCAGCGUGGGGUCCGGCAUCGCUACCCUGCUCAUGCCCGCCUCCAACAGCGUCAUCGCGCUCUGCGUGUGUGCCAGCGUGUUCGGCUUCUGCAGCUCAUGUCUGGGUGCCCUCCUUCCUGACAUCAUCAUCCGACUAGUGGGUGACCAGCGCCUCGGCAUUGGCUACGGCUUUCUCCUGCUGUUCGAAGGCGCCGGCUCUAUGCUAGGAGGACCCGUUGCCGGAAUGCUGUUCGACUACAUGUUGGUGUACGACUACAGCUUCUACCUGUCCGGCGUGCUACUGAUGGCCGCCGGGCUGGUGAUGGUGGUGCCCUGGCAGUACACCAGUCCGUGCGGCCGCAUCGGACGCGCCUACAGGGCAGAGCAGGCCGAGGACCGAGGCUCGGCGACGCAGGCGGAGCACGCGGAGCUGGUGCCCGUCUAGCGCGGCUCGAUGUGCCGGAGCGGACGGCGCUGAGGCCACGCGGGAGGCGAGG